CCAGAGCUGCAGCGUGAAUGUGGUUGCUGGAAGACGCUGUCGAUCCGGGUUGGAAUCAAAAUAGUGGGACCGACCGUGCGCCAUGUCGCGACUGAUCGUGAAGAACCUCCCGAAUGGGAUGAAGGAGGAGCGUUUCCGGAAGAUGUUCGCCGCCUUCGGCACGCUGACGGACUGCAGCCUGAAGUUCACCAAAGACGGCAAGUUCCGCAAGUUUGGCUUCAUCGGCUUCAAGUCUGAGGAAGAGGCCCAGAGGGCACUGAACCACUUCAACAAGAGUUUUGUCAACACGUCCCGGAUCACAGUGGAGUUCUGCAAGUCAUUUGGGGACCCGACAAAGCCACGAGCCUGGAGCAGGCAUGCCCAGAAACCAAGCCAAUCAGAGCAGCCUGCAAAAGACAAAGACUCCGUCCCCCCAGAAACUAAGAAGGACAAGAAGAAAAAGGCAGCAGGUGAGCUAGAGAAGCUGAAGGACGACACCGAGUUCCAGGAGUUCCUGUCAGUCCACCAGAAGCGGACGCAGGUGGCCACUUGGGCUAACGAUGCCCUGGACGCCGAGCCCCCGAAAGGGAAGAGCGAGCCGGCCAGUGACUACCUGAACUUUGACUCGGACUCGGGCCAGGAGAGUGAGGCGGAGGGAGCCGCGGAGGACCCGGAAGAGGACGGCCUGGAGCCAAAGGCAGCCGUGCAGAAGGGGCUGUCGGACAUGGACUACCUGAAAUCCAAGGUGGUGAGGGCCGGGACCCCGUCCUCCUCGGAGGGGGAAGAGAGUGAAGACGAGGCUGUGAACUGUGAUGGAGGCAGUGAGGCCGAGGAGGAUUCCCCCACCCAGCAGGACCACGAGGGGACAGGGCCCAGCCCAGAGCAAGGGACGCUGGCCGGGAACAAGAAGCCACAGGAGGCCAGAGCCGAGACAGAGAGGCCAGUGGUCCCCAGGGAACCCAGCACCGCCCACACCGUGAAGCUGCGGGGAGCCCCGUUCAACGUCACAGAGAAAAACGUUACGGAGUUCCUGGCGCCCCUGAAGCCCGUGGCCAUUCGAAUAGUGAGAAACGCUCACGGGAACAAAACAGGGUACGUCUUCGUGGAUUUCAGCAGCGAAGAGGACGUGAAGAAAGCUUUGAAAUGUAACCGAGAAUACAUGGGUGGCCGCUACAUCGAGGUGUUCAGGGAAAAGAGUGGCCCCAUAGCCAAGGGGCCCCCAAAGAGCAGCACCAAAUCCUGGCAAGGCCGGACGCUCGGGGAGAACGAGGAGGAAGAGGACCUGGCCGACUCGGGAAGGCUCUUUGUGCGAAACCUGCCCUACACCAGCACCGAGGAGGACCUGGAAGGGAUCUUCUCCAAAUACGGUCCGCUGUCCGAGCUGCAUUACCCCAUUGACAGCCUGACCAAGAAGCCCAAGGGCUUUGCCUUCGUCACCUUCAUGUUCCCUGAGCACGCCGUGAAGGCCUACGCGGAGGUGGACGGGCAGGUGUUCCAGGGCAGGAUGCUGCACGUGUUACCCUCCACCAUCAAGAAGGAAGCCGGCGAGGACGCCAGCGCCCCGGGGUCGUCUUCUUACAAGAAGAAGAAGGAGUCCAAAGACAAAGCCAACAGCUCCAGCUCUCACAACUGGAACACGCUGUUCAUGGGCCCGAACGCGGUGGCCGACGCCAUCGCACAGAAGUACAGCGCCACCAAGAGCCAAGUGUUUGACCACGAGACCAAGGGCAGCGUGGCCGUGCGCGUGGCCCUGGGGGAGACCCAGCUCGUCCAGGAAGUGCGGCGCUUCCUCCUCGACAACGGGGUCUGUCUGGACUCCUUCAGCCAGCCCGCUGCGGAGCGAAGCAAAACCGUGAUUCUGGUGAAGAACCUGCCGGCAGGCACGUUGGCGGCCGAGCUCCAGGAGACCUUCGGCCGGUUCGGCAGCCUGGGCCGCGUGCUGCUGCCCGAGGGCGGCGUCACCGCCAUCGUCGAGUUCCUGGAGCCCCUGGAGGCCCGCAGGGCCUUCCGCCAUCUGGCCUAUUCCAAGUUUCACCACGUCCCCUUGUACCUGGAGUGGGCUCCUGUGGGCGUCUUCUCCAGCUCAGCCUCCCAGGAGGAGGGACACCGAGAUGCACCGGAGGGCUGUGCCAACAAGGACAGGGCCGGGCCCGAUACCGUGCCAGACAGCAAGACCCCAGAAGGUGAAAAGCCAACAGAGGGAGGAGCAGCCGACUCUUCAUCAAAGAUGGAGGAGGAGGAGGAGGAGGAGGAGGAGGAGGAGGAGGAGAGCCUUCCUGGGUGUACCCUGUUUAUUAAAAAUCUCAACUUCAACACAACUGAGGAGACGCUGAAGGAGGUGUUCGCCAGGGCAGGCGUGGUGAAGAGCUGCUCCGUCUCCAGGAAGAAGGACAAGUCAGGAGCGCUGCUGUCCAUGGGGUUUGGGUUCGUGGAGUACAGGAAGCCGGAGCAGGCCCAGAAGGCGCUCAAGCAGCUCCAGGGCCACGUCGUGGACAACCACAAGCUGGAAGUGCGGAUCUCGGAACGAGCCACAAAGCCAGCCGUGACAUCCACUCGGAAGAAGCAAGUGUCCAGAAAGCAGACGACCUCCAAGAUUCUGGUGCGAAACAUCCCCUUCCAGGCUGACAGCCGGGAGAUCCGCGAGCUCUUCAGCACCUUCGGGGAGCUGAAGACCGUCCGCUUGCCAAAGAAGAUGACCGGGACGGGCACGCACAGAGGGUUCGGCUUCGUGGACUUCCUCACCAAGCAGGACGCGAAGAGAGCCUUCAGCGCCCUGUGCCACAGCACCCACUUGUACGGCCGGAGGCUGGUCCUGGAGUGGGCUGACGCCGAGGUGACCCUGCAGGCCCUGCGGCGGAAGACCGCUGAGCACUUCCACGAGCCCCCGAAGAAGAAGCGGUCUGUGGUGUUGGACGAGAUCCUGGAGCAGCUGGAAGACAGUGAAAACGACAGCGAGGAGCAAACCCUUCAGCUGUGAGCUGCACCGAGAGGGUCGUUGGAUAGUGGUGCUCGGCAGGGCGGGGAGAGAUGGCCGCCUUCUCCAAACAGAGCACGAGACUGCACCCUCCCGUCUGUGCCCGACGACCUCCUGCCUCUUCAGACCCGGCGGGGGAAGCCAGGCGGACUCCGUCCAAGCCGCACACUGACCUGCUCGUGCCGCGGAAUGAACGGGAGCCGUGGGGGC